UCAGUUUGCGCCAGACGCAUCCCCAAACAGUCCGCCGCUCCCUGCGCUCCUCUGCAGAGUGGGACGACCUGCAGCAACGCACCGCCGGGCUGCCGGUGUUCGUGGAUCUAACGGAGUUCUUUGAGAAUUAAUCCACUUGCUUUACUGGACACUUUUGUUUUAUUUUAGGGUUUGUAUUUAGUUGUUGAAUUUUUACGAGUUUAUUUGGUUUCCUCGCUUUUCUUGAUUGAUUUAUCCCGGAUCUAAAGUUAUGGAAUAAAAACGCAGAUGUAUUUUUUUAAUGCAUAUGCUAGAAUAAGUAGCCCACAUGCAACUUUGAUGAGGGGAGAAAUCCUGGUGAAAGGAGCAGCCCCACUGGAGCGGGAAGAGACUUUGCAGAGUCCCCCCCAGUGAGCCUGAAGAUGCGUGGAAGUAGGCUGGUGAUGGUGGCCGUGCUGGUGAUGGCGUGCUCCGUCCCAGCCGCCCAGGCCUGUCCCCGGUCCUGCAACUGUUACCAGGCCAACGAGGUCCACUGCACCUUCCGCUCCCUGCUCAGUGUGCCACAAGGCCUGCCUGCUCACACACAGCGCAUCAACCUGGGCUUCAACAGCAUCACCAGGAUCCCUGAAAACUCAUUGGCUGGCCUGAAGAGGGCGGAGCUUCUGAUGCUCCAUAGCAACGACCUGAAUCAGAUUCCAGACGGGGUGUUUGGAGACAUGAGAUCACUACAGGUGCUGAAGCUGAGCUACAACAAGCUGGAGGAGAUCUCCUCCUCAGCCUUCUCUGGCCUGACUUCCCUGCUGCGCCUGCACUUGGACCACAACCUCCUCCGGCACCUCCAUCCGCGGGCUCUGCUGCAGCUGCCCAGCCUGCGGCUGCUCCGCCUGCAGGGCAACCGGCUGCACCAGCUCCAUCCCCGCAGCCUGUGCACCCUCUCCCUGCUCAACACAUACUACUACUCCACCCUCAGACAUCUAGAUCUGUCCAACAACAGCCUGGCCUCUCUCCCUGAACCAGCCCUCUCGAUGGCGCCCCUGCUGGACACGCUGGCGCUGUAUUCCAACCCCUGGCGAUGUGACUGUGCCAUGGCCUGGUUCCUUGGCUGGAGUCGCGCUCACCCAGGAUUGAUGAAAUGCCCUGGAGGUCCUCAGUGUCCAGUCUGUGAUACGCCAGUUUAUCUACAAGGGCGUGGCUUGCUCCGGCAGACCGACCUACCAUGCACCUCCCCCAGCAUAUUCUCAUCAGGAAGAGACCCCCCUUCUGCUGGGGACCCUGGGGAGAUGAAAGCGUUGGAAUCGUUCAGAGAACCUUUAGGCAAUGCUUCUUUAGGUCUAUCUGACCACCAGGGGAACAGUGUUGAUCUGAGCUGCAACGUUACCCACACUCUGCACUCCCCUGACAUCCCACCACCAGACCUGUCUCUACCCAGUGCUGCUCCUAUCCCUAUGGCUCUUUCCCUCUCCCUGGAGUGUGCUGUGGAGAGAGCAGGCUAUGAGAGCCUUUGGAGGAUCCUGGCGUACUACAGUGAGACUGCAGUACGCCUGGAGCGGGAGAUUAUGCUCAGCAAACCCCCAGCAUUGGCAUACCGGUACAGGCAAACAGCUGAGACUGAGGGAUACUACUACACCGGAGUCAAGGCUUCACUGAAGACCACACCGCACUGGAUGCUACAGCCAGCGGUGAGCCUCCAGCUGAACAGAGCCCAGUCCAGUGAACGGAAGGUCCAGCUUAUACUGACCACCAGGAUUUCCGUCCAACCUGACCCCAUUUAUCGGUCCUCAUCGUCCUCUUCUUUAGCAGUAGCUGACCCUUUAUCUCGUCAUCCAUGGGCUAUGAUAUUAAGUUCCACAGCUCCCUCAGCAUAUGCAGCCGUAGCCGGCAGUAGAGUAGAGAUGUCCUGCCCUCUGGUGAGCUCUGGGAACUUCACAGUACACUGGAUUCUCCCGGAUGGGUCCAAACUGGUCUCCCCUUACCGUAGUACUGAUGAUAGGGUCAGCGUAUCAGAUUCCGGUAUACUUUUACACAGAACAGAGUCUUCAGAUGCUGGCCUGUACUACUGUGUGGCCCAGGCAGGCAGUGACAUGGACGUUUUACCCCUACGGCUCGCUGUGGAGGAGUCUUCGAUUGCAGCCACUGGGGAACAAAUCGGGCCCUCUGUCACAGGGCAGGUAGGGGAGUUUGUCACUCUUCUGUGUAAUGCCUCUGGUUCGCCCACUCCUCAUAUCAGGUGGCUGCUACCGGAUGGAAAUACAGUCCGGCACGGCACCACCGUACCAGGCGGAGCGAGCGUACAGUCAAAUGGUAGUCUAUCCCUGGCACAAGCUUCUCUAAAGGACGACGGCAGUUACCGCUGCAUGGCAGUCAACCAAUACGGCGCUGACUCCCUCUCCAUGCGGCUGGACAUUAGCGCACAAGCCGGACCGUUCAGGUCCUCUUUCCACAGAGGACCCCAGUCAGCUUCCGGCCGCUCGACUAGGAUACGAGCCCCGUUGCUACGGGAUACUGUUGUGGAAGAUGGAUCAGGGGAUAAUGGCGAGGAAGAGAACCCUAAGGUUCCCGUUAUUAAUAGGAGGCGGCCCCAGUAUCCCCUCAACCGGCGCUUGCCGAGCGGUCAUCCCAGAAGACGGGGGCCAAUAAGGGGUGGGAAACCCCUGAGGGAAGGCGGGCCGCCGUCUCAGAGCCAACCCGGAAGAAACCGUUUUGACAGCAGACAGAGAGUCAGUGCAACCAAACAGAGGAUCGACCCUAAGAAGUGGGCCGACCUAUUGGCUAAGAUACGCCAAAGGACCACCCUUAAUAGCACAACUCCGCCAACUGAAGUGGAAGAGCUUAGUCUCGAACCUGUAGACAAGGAAACCAACACAUUGACGAGCAGGGUUGAUGGAGAGGGCACUACCGCCAGUAAAAGGGAGGAGGUUUCAAGUGACAUUGACAGAGUUGUGGGUGAGAGAGGGAAUAAUAGAGACCGACAGCAAGGUGAAGUAGAAACCGAAGGAUCAGCUUUUGAGGAUGUCAGUCUUCAGGAAGAAGGCCUACAGCCCAUUGACCACAUUAUUACACAAACCCUGACAAACACCGAGAUUAGAACCAACACUCUGGCUAACACGGAGACGGAGAGUGGGACGGAGCGGAACGCGCUGUCGGAAACACAAGCGAGCAACGACAGAGAGAACAAGGCUGACACACAGACACAGUCAAUACCUAAAACAGAAGCGCCGACAGCCCAAGUCACAUCAAAACAAAUCUCCAUCACAAACGAAAUAGAUUUAAAAAAGCCGGAUCCCAGUCCAACAAGGUUUCAAAACAAACAUCAUCGAGUAAAUCCAGUUCCCAACACGCGGCCAGAGAGCCCCUUGGACACACGCAGACGGACCAGCCAGCGCAGGAGACCAUUCACCCGGUUCAGAGUGCGACCUAAGACCCCACCCCGACCUCUUCCUGACCCCACCAGCCCGGGGUCGCAAGCUGUCACCCUCGACACUCGCUCCAACCAAAUGUCUUCUUCUGCCCCCCCGACCCCCUUUGCAGUCAAAGAGACCCACGGCUUGGACCGCAUCGGGUCUGACAGCUCUCUCUCAAACAGCCUGGAUGUGGAUCCACCGUCUCCCACUCUGUUUGACUCUUUAUCCCUCUCCCUUUCGGCCUCUCCAUCCCCGUCUUACUCACCGCCUCGCUCUCCACCCCCCCAGACAGAGGAGGAGGAGGAGGUGUGGGAGGAGGCAGACGAGGAGAGGGGUUCACCUACUGGGAAGCCCUCGGACACACUGACUCUCUCCACCGCUCUCCCGGACCUGACACAGUACGAUCGUUUACCCCCGCCGCUAGCACCAGAUAUCUCCCUCGCCGGGGAGAUACAGACAGACGUACAAGCACAGGGACAGCCGCCCUCAGGCCCACACACUGACGGGGUCGUACCGCAGCACCCCGAAGAGAUGGAGGAGCAUCAGCCUUUCCCAAGCACCUUCGCCUCCCGAGUCACUUCCUCCCCACCCCCCCAGUAUGUGGUCCCCAGUACUACCAAGAUUACCACCGCUGCUACCACCACGAGUGCAAAAAUGACACGUAUUACAUCAACCACUUCUGUUACAAGUAUUCCGGCUGCUGUCAGUGAGUCCACUCUCUCUGCUAUUUCAAGUAUUAAACAGGGAGCUCCAAUCCACUGGGCCAACUCACCCACCAGCACCACCACCUCCACAACUACAACAGCUAGAACCACCACAUCCCCUGUUACUGAAGAUACCACUGCUGUCUUCAUUCCCUUAAGAACUGCAUCUGUGACCAGCAAAACUACUGCUGUCGUUACAACAGCCUCCACCACCCCCUUCACCACAGUGACCGUUCAGACCCCUGCUAGCUCCACCACGUUCACCAUGCCUAACCACUCGAGUAUACCUCAAACCAGCAUCAGCCCUGGUACCAGAGAACACUCCAGAGAGAGGCCAGGCCCAGGGCUAGUUGUUCCCAGAGAGAGGCCAAGCCAAGGGCCUGUUGAUCCCAGAGAGAGGCAAAGCCCAGGGCUAGUGGAUCCCAGAGAGAGGCCAAGCCCAGGGCUAGUGGAUCCCAGAGAGAGGCCAAGACCAGGGCUAGUUGAUCCGAGAGAGAGGCAAAGCCCAGGGCUAGUGGAUUCCAGAGAGAGGCCAAGCCCAGGGCUAGUGGAUCCCAGAGAGAGGCCAAGCCCAGGGCUAGUGGAUCCCAGAGAGAGGACAAGCCCAGGGCUAGUGGAUCCCAGAGAGGGGCCAAGCCCAGGGCUAGCUGAUCCCAGAGAGAGGCCAAGCCCAGGGCUAGUUGAUCCCGUUGAGAGGCCAAGCCCAGGGCUAGUUGAUCCCAGAGAGAGGCAAAGCCCAGGGCUAGUGGAUCCCAGAGAGGGGCCAAGCCCAGGGGUAGUUGAUCCCAGAGAGAGGCCAAGCCCAGGGCCUGUUGAUCCCAGCGAGAGGCCAAGCCCAGAGCUAGUGGAUCCCAGAGAGAGGCCAAGCCCAGGGCUAGUGGAUCCCAGAGAGAGGCCAAGUACAGGGCUAGUGGAUCUCAGAGAGAGGCCAAGUCCCGGGCUAGUGGAUCCCAGAGAGAGGCCAAGUACAGGGCUAGUGGAUCCCAGAGAGAGGCCAGUUCCAAGCCAUAUCAGACCUGGACCGGACUGGAAGAGUCCUUCGGUGAACUCUAUUCCGGACUCCCACAGCACCAGGGCCAUUCUCCCAGCCUCGCCUAUCCUGCCAGCAUCACCUGUGAGUUCUGCAGGAAACCCAAUCCUGCCAUUAGCUCCACCGCAGCUCCCCAAGGUCUCGGUGGAGAGGUCCAAGCCCAGGAUCUCUGACCCCCACAUCCGGAGCGCCUCCGUCCCGGCCGGCAGCGUGGCCAGGCUGGACUGUGAGGCCCAGGGAGAGCCGGCUCCAACCGUCACCUGGACCAAGGUGUCUACAGGGGCGGUGAUGUCAGCCCAGGCCAGAGCCCAGCGCUUCCAGGUGCUGCCCAACGGAACCUUUGUCAUCCACGACGUCGGGCUGCAGGACCGGGGGACGUACAUGUGCAGCGCUCACUCUUUCCUCGGUCGGGACAGGAUGCUCACAAAUCUGGAGGUGUGGUCCCGCCCCCCUCGGAUGAAGCUUGCCAAUUACAGAGAGGCUACCAUCCACCAGGGCGGGGAUCUGUCUCUGGACUGCCAGGCCGACGCUGUCCCCGCCCCGCUGCUCUCCUGGGUCCUGCCUGACCGCUCUGCGCUCACCGCCAACUCCACCCACCCUCGGAUGACCCUGCAUCCCAACGGGACGUUGCACCUCCGGGAGGCCGCGGCCCAGGACCGGGGCGUGUACCGCUGCGUGGCGUCCAACCUGGCGGGCGCGGCCAGCGGCUCUGUGCGUCUGCACGUGUCCUCGCUGCCCCCGGCCAUCCUCCAGCCCCGCGAGGAGCUGCUGGUGCUGGGCCGCGGCACGCCGCUGUACGCCCACUGCUCGGCCCGCGGCGCCCCACCCCCCACACUGCGCUGGCGGACCCCGGACGGGACCAGGGUCCGGCCCUCCCAGUUCCUCCAUGGCAACCUCUUCGUGCUGCCCAACGGCACGCUGCACGUGCGCAGGCUGGGCCCGGCCGACGUGGGCGGAUACGAGUGCACGGCCAGCAACGCGGUGGGCGUGGCCAGGAGGACGGUGAGCGUGAGGCUGCGAGGGGACGCCGCCCCCUCCCUCCCCCCCGAGGCGCCUCGGGACAGAGGCCAAACCUCCCUACUACUCCCUCCCCUCUCGCCUCCCUCCUCUGACCGCGGCCCCCCCACCUCGCCACAGCCACCUCCCAAGAUCAACAGCGCAGCCGCCGCUCUGCCCCCCACCUCCUCCCUGGACGCAGGCCGAUCCCAACCCUCCUCCUCCCAGCUGUCCGAACCACCCCUGCCCCCAUCCCACCGCAGAGGCUCCCUGCCACUCGGCAAAACAGAGGCCGUGCCCUCCUUCUCCGCAGGGGACCGGAGCAGAGAUUCUUCUGCCCCUACCCACUCGUCGGCGCCCGUGUCUCCGCUGAGGAAGGCCCACAUCGUGGACACCUCCCCCUCCGCCACCGCUGUCCAUUAUGGGGGUUACCUGCAGCUCCACUGCUCAGUGUCUGGUAACCCGACCCCGUCUAUCAUCUGGAGGACUCCUGCCCGCAAGCUUGUCGACGAGCACUUCAGCUCUGACAGGCGUAUGAAGGUCCAUCCCAACGGCACUCUGCUGGUCCUGGUCGUGACGGAGAAGGAUGCAGGUGACUACCUCUGUAUCGCCCGCAACAAGGUCGCCGACGACUACCGCCUCCUCCGCGUCACCGUGUCCACAAAGCCCGCCAAAAUAGACCCCAAGCAGUCGGCCAAUAAGAUGGUGCCAUUCGGUGGAUCACUCAAAGUGGACUGCCUGGCGUCGGGACAGCCCGACCCAGCCGUGAGCUGGAGCCUGCCCGACGGCACCAUGGUGAACAGCGUGCUGCAGGGGGAGGAGCCAGGACCAGGCCGGCCGCACGGUGAGCCACUGCGGCUCACCGUGUUUGGUAAUGGGACGCUGCUGGUGCCGGUGAUGGGGGUGACAGAGGAGGGGGAGUACACCUGCUACGCUAAGAACAACGGAGGCCAAGACACCAUGAAGGUCAAGGUCCAGGUCAUGAGGGACUCCGCACCCAGCUUCUCCGACGCCCCCGGCCGCCAUGUCACCAGGGUGCGCCCGGGGGCCACCGCCGUGCUGCGCUGCCUGGUCAAAGGAGACCCCGUUCCGACUGUCACAUGGUUCUCCCCCAACCACCGUGUGAUCCCGCGGAGCCUGGGAUCCCGCUCCUUCUCGGAACGUGUGGUGGUGGUCUCCGACGGGACCCUGGAGGUCCGCACUGCUCAGCGGGGCGACGCUGGGAACUACACCUGCCGAGCGCGCAACGCGGCCGGGGAGAGGAGCCGGAUGGUGAGCCUGGAGCUGGAGGAGCUCUACUACACCCCCAACGCCAGGGGGAUCCCGAACGUCUUGGGGACGCCCAAUGGCCGGGGCACCCACUGGCAGGGCAGCAGCGAUGUAAACCCAGCCGGCGGUACCGGCAGCAGCAGGCCGCAUGGGGACAUCCAUCAGUAUGCUCCCACCCACGGAGCCGCUAGCCGCUUGGCUAGCAGCGGUGGAGUCAGCAGUCAGUCUAACAGUAGAGUCUUCAGCAGUCCACCCACCUCUGACAUUCAACUAGCAAACACUGGCUCCAAACCACCCAGUCCGUCGGGCGACAGUGUUGGAGUGCAGGACCGGGGAUCCACAGCAGGGCUGGGCCACAGGCUCAACACUGUGGGCGGGAAUAACAACAUAGCGAUCAGACAAGGAAUAGCCGGAACACAGCGGAACCAAGGGCCUGUUACAGUGAACAGCGGCCUGGCGGCGGUUGGAGGUAGCGAUGGCUGGGCGGCCCGCAGCAGUCAUAAUGAGGUGGCGAGCGCGCGACUCGUUAAUAAGACAGGCUUACUGCCUGCCCACACUGGCUCACAGCCUGCUUACACUGGCUGGCUCCGGGGAGGGGCUACUAGCUUUAGCAGCAGGAGCCAGGCUACCAGUGGCGGUACCUCCAGCCCCAGCCACGCCACACACACGGUGAGCGGGGUCUCCUCUGUGCAGCACCGAGCGGGGAGGGGCCAGACAGUGCUGCUGCCCUGCCCAUCCCACGGCUCCCCGCCCCCCCGGCUGUACUGGCUGCUCCCGGGGAACGGCGUGCUCCCGGCGCCCUACUAUGGCAGCCGGCUCACCGUGCACCGUAACGGCUCCCUGGAGCUGCGAGGCCUCCGGCCCAGCGACGCCGGGAAGCUGGUCUGUGUGGUGCAGGGGGGCGGGGGGGAGACCAGGGUCCAGGUGGAGCUGUCCGUGUCCGACCCCGGGGGGCCCGGGGGGGAGCUGACCCUGCAGAGGGAGCCGGCGGUGGUUCUAUCGGUGUCCCCCCACUCCGGAGACCUCCCGCGCGCCUCUCCGGGAUCGGUCCGCUCCCUUCAUCCCACCCCUCUGUUGCCUAAGGCGCUCCGGCCGGGGGGCCCCGUCGGGGGGACGUCCCCACAAGGAGGCUUGUUCCUGCCCUCCCUCCCUCGGCCUGCUGCUCCCGUACUGGUCCCAGCAGCGCCAGUCGCAGACAGACAAACGCCCGUUGUGAGCAUCAGAACGGCCUCGUUGGUGAGCAUCAUCAACGGGGAGGACCUCCGCCUGUCCUGCCAUGCAGUGCCCGGCGCUGGGGGCAUCCAGGGGUCAUUCUCCUGGACCCUGCCCAGGGGUGAGGUGCUGUCCCAGGGGCAGAGCACCGGCUCUGGCCGCUACAUGGUGCUUCCCGACGGAACGCUCCAGGUCCAGCAGGCGACGGUGUUCGACCGCGGGAGCUACACCUGCCGCUCCACCCCUAACGGCUCCGCCACGGCCGCCGCUGUCACGACGCCCGUGAUUGUGAUCGCCUACCCUCCGCGCGUCAUCAAGGGCCCCCAGCCAGUCACCUACACCCGGUUUGGCGUGGCUAUCGAGCUACCCUGUCUCACCAUAGCAACGCCCCGGGCCGCGCUGACCUGGGAGACGCCGGACUUGACGCAGCUGAGGGUGACAGGCCAGGCUCGUAUCUAUGGCAACCGUUUCCUCAGCGCCCAGGGCUCGCUGGUCAUCCAGAACCCGACCAGUCGAGACACGGGCUUCUACCGAUGCACCGCCAAGAAUGUGAUGGGAGCCGACUCCAAGGCCACCUACCUGCAUGUGGUUUAGCGCUGACGUGAUGGGAGCCGACUCCAAGGCCAGCUACCUGCAUGUGGUUCAGCGCUGACAUGACACGUGCACACUGAGACCGACACUGGGACAUGCCUGCACGACUGAAACUCCGAGAACGUAUGAGGCCAGCAACGCAUCAUACAUGAAGUCUGCAUCGAAUAGAAGCAGAAGCAUUUCUGCUCACACAGAGAGAGAGGAGAGACGGAGAGAGAGAGAGAGAGAGAGAGAGAGAGAGAGAGAGAGAGAGAGAGAGAGAGAGAGAGAGAGAGAGAGAGAGAGAGAGAGAAAUGGAGAGAAAUGGAGAGAAAUCUCAGCUGCUUCUCUUUCUACCUGCCAGAUUCCUCUAUUCCCUGAAGAGUCAUCUCUUCUGCCCAAAUGAACUGCAAAACUCUGUGCCGUUCAUGCUGUUAAACCCGCUUCAAUUACUGAUGUACUAUUAAUAUAUAGGUCUUUGUAUUUUGUUGAUGUGUGCCUUUUUGAAUCUGUUGUUUUGAACAGGUUUUGUAUUAGAGUUGCCUCUCUCAGGUAAACAGGGGGAGGGUAUUUGUUUUUAUUUUUACAGGGAGAUACAUUUCAGAUGGUUCCACGUGAAUAGGGUCUGCAGACUGCUGUACCUUCUGUAUGUUAUCUGGAUCCACACACUGUCAUUAUAAAGCCAGUAAAAUGUAAACUCUGAGGAUCAAACCCAGGGCCAAGUAGGACAUUAGUUUGGUGUGGUGCGGUACUAAAUAUCACAGGGAUGAUUCCAUUGGCCAACCGGAAUGGCUAAUUGUGAUUGAGGGUAUCUAUUGCAAUUGCAAUAGAUACACAUUUACUCUGAGCAAAUCUGUACCAUGCAAUAUUUCAUGAAGCAGAAUAUGUUGUUACCGUUGUGUUGUGUUAUAGCGGUCCAAUACAUCAGAACAUCCCCCAUGUCUUAUUUUCUACAGUGUAAUCUCCCACUCAACACAAAGCAUUUCCCACUCUUCUCUCUUGGUACUGCCUAUUGAUUUUGCAGGGUUUUGCUUUGUUUCCAAAUUAAUUAAAUGGUGCAGUUCACAUCAGAUAUUACUUUCAUAGAGAAACGUAGGACAUAACUCCUGCAUCAAAUGAUACUCAGCUCACCGUCACCCUGUCUGGACGUGGUAAUACUAUUACAAAAAACAAAUAUCACACAUGCAUUAAUAAUUCUUCAAAUCACUAAUGUUACACGUGGUUAACUUCGCUAACCCAAUUUAGAAAAGGAUUCUGCUCCAUAGACAUGAAAUAAUGAUAUAAAACAAGUAACCCAUUUAGACAAGAAGUUUGCGUAAUUACAUGUCAGAAUAGGACAGUACCUCCAGAAUAACUUCUGGCGCGCUCUUCCUGUGACCCAGUUCACAGUUACUUUGAAGCCAGUGUGUGCCCCGGUCUCCAGUCCUUUACGUUGCAGUGUCAGACCUCCCUGUCUCCCUCUAUAUAUAGAGCAGGCUGUUCCCAUCAACACAAACACACUGCUCCAACUCUGCUCACACACACAAGCACACACACACAAACAAACACAUACACACACACACACACACACACACACACACACACACACACACACACACACACACACACACACACACACACACACACACACACACACACACACACACACACACACACACACACACAUAUACACAGACAAACACACAUAUACAAACAUACACACACAAAAACGCAUGCAUACAUACACACACACACACACACACACACACACACACACACACACACACACACACACACACACACACACACACACACACACACACACACACACACACACACACACACACACACACACACACACACACACACACACACAGACACACACACACACACACACAUGCACAUAUACACACACAAAUGCACACACACAUACAAAUACAUGCACACAUACACAGACACAUACACACACACAAAAGCACACACAGUGCCCCACCACGGCCCUGUGAAGAGUUUAUAUUGAUAGGGAUUAUGUGUAAAUUAUACUGAAGCUGGGUAAAUAUGCGUGCGAUACCAAAACCUGGAAUAAUCCAGUUUAAUAAUCAUGAAGCGCAUACCAGGUCUUGUAUCCAUAACCCUGUUUCCUCUGUUGUUUUAAGUUAUUUGUCUUUGAAAGACUGAGUAAGACAGGGAGGCUGUGGUGUUUCCACCGUGGGGGGCCAGGGGACACCACACUGCCACCUGCACUUGUUUGCUUUCCUUUUAUCAACUGCUUCUCUUUUUAAAAUAAAAUAACAAAAACGAUCUGGAUGAAGGCAUUUGAUUGUUUAAUGAUGCAGACAGAUGUGUGUGCGAGUGUGUACCUACAAAUGUAUGCACACACUCGCUAAAAUACAGAGCUGAAGGAACGUGAUGGGAAGAGCAUAUGUGGGGAAAUGGAUCUGGGAUGUGUGCUGGUGUGUCUAGAAUCACAGAGACACACAGAGACACAGAGACAGACAGAGAGAGACAGAUGCAGACAGAGAGAGACAGAUACAGACAGAGACACAGCGACACAGAGA